GGAACAACCGAUAGGAUGGAUGUUGUAAAUUCAAUUCUAGAAAAUAGCACUCAGGAAAAAGAUAUACAUAAAUCCACAGAAGUAAAUAAAGACGUGGAAAUUGAGACAGACUUAGGAACUCUUUUAGCGUUAGAUUAUAAUACUGUGGACCUAAAAGCAUUAAAAUCACAGACCGAACAAUAUCUGAAAAGUUUAACAAGGGACAACGUGCAAAUAGUUAUUAAUAAAAUAUGGGAACUUCCAAUAGAACGUGUUGAUGAGGUAAUAGUAGCAAAAUUGCCCAAACAGAAAUUUGUAUUACCACGAGCUCGACAAAUCCCAAAACCAAAACCUUUGACAAAAUGGCAACAAUUUGCUAAAGAGAAAGGUAUCAAAACUAAACGAAAAGGUAAAUCUAAACUUAAAUGGGAUGAAGAACUACAGAAAUGGAUACCUACUUUUGGUUAUAAACAUAACAAAGCCAUAGAACAGAAGGAGUGGUUGGUAGAAGUUAAUAAUGAAGGUAAAGCUAUGGAAGAUCCAUUUGCAGCUGCAAAGACAGCAAAGGAAGAAAGAAAGUCUAAGAAUGAAUUACAAAGACUGCGUAAUAUUGCCAAGGCAAAAAAUAUAAAAAUUCCAAAGGUAGGACUUCCUACUAGGGAACAUUUUCCUGAUUCACAACAACUUUCACAAGCCGUGACUAUUGCACGUACAUCAACAGCAUCUCUUGGCAAAUUCCAAGAUAGGUUACCAAAAGAAAAAGAUGCCAAGGGUAUAGCCAAGCAAGUUCCAGGUAUGAAAAGGAAAGCAGAAGAAAUUCCUAAAAAUUUACAGGAAGAAAAGAAACGCAAUACUAAUCUGGUAGACAGUAUUCUGAAGAGUAACACUAAGAUUCUUCGUGAAGACUUCUCUGUACCAAAAACAACGCCAGCUAAAGUAAAAGAAGACAAGAAAAAAGGUAAAAAGGGAGUAAAAGCUAAGGGAGUAAAGAAACCGAAAGCAGGUAAAGGACAACGGAAUAUGAAGCGUAAAGUUGGAGGUAGAAAACGAAGAUAAAAAUUUGUUGGUAUUAUUUCAAUCCCUCUAACUUCGGUUAUUGUAACUUAAAAACCAUAGUAUUAAAUAUGUUGAAAUAAAUAAUAUCAAUACGAAAA